GGGACGUAGUAAUUUAUUUAGGUAUUUUUCUUUUAUCUGUGAAAUGUAUACAUUACUACAUGGGUUUUAUAAAUAUUUAGUCCAGAAAGAUGAAUAUUUUAUAAUUAUAUUAGGUCUGGACAAUGCUGGGAAAACUACGUACUUAGAAGCAGCAAAGACAAAAUUUACGAAGAAUUAUAAAGGAAUGAAUCCCAGUAAAAUUACAACGACAGUUGGAUUAAAUAUCGGUAAAGUUGACAUUGCUGGAGUGAGAUUGAAUUUUUGGGAUCUUGGUGGCCAAGAGGAACUUCAAUCUCUUUGGGAUAAAUAUUACGCAGAGUCUCAUGCAGUCAUCUACAUAGUAGAUUCAUCAGAUAGAGAUAGAAUUCCCGAUUCUAAAGAAACGUUUGAUAGAGUAAUAUCAUCAGAGCAUUUGACUGGGGUUCCUCUCUUAGUGUUAGCGAAUAAACAAGACGUACCGGACUGCAUGGGUGUCAGAGAAGUGAAACCAAUUUUUAAUAAGAACGCCCACCUUAUUGGACGAAGAGAUUGCAUGGUGAUGCCUGUGUCAGCUCUUAAUGGGGAAGGAGUUGACGAAGGUAUCCAUUGGUUGGUUGAUUGUGUGAAACGUAACAGUGACCUACGACCUCCUCGAAAUCAAAAUGACAACAGCUUAACGUAAUUAGUUUUUAAGGUUGUUUUCAUUUUCAGUACUUACA